AUGGGGGAGAACCCCGGAAGUGGGAGCCAGUAUGUCGCAGUAGGUGAAUCGGCUUCCCCGAAGGCAACAAAUCAUAUGAGGAAAGUUUCAGUUUUACCUCUUGUGUUUCUCAUCUUCUAUGAGGUAUCAAGAGGGCCUUUUGGUGUUGAGGAUACUGUGAAAGCAGCUGGUCCUUUGUUAGCUUUACUUGGAUUUUUGGUUUUUCCGUUUAUAUGGAGUGUUCCGGAAGCUUUGAUAACGGCUGAAAUGGGUACCAUGUUCCCUGAAAAUAGUGGUUAUGUUGUUUGGGUUUCGACUGCUUUGGGUCCGUUUUGGGGGUUUCAGCAGGGUUGGAUGAAGUGGCUUAGUGGCGUGAUUGACAAUGCUUUGUAUCCUGUUUUGUUUCUUGAUUAUCUUAAGGAUUUGCUGAUAAGAUCGCUAUCUGGAUCUCCUUCCAAUUUCCAAGUUUACACUGCUUUAUUGAAACCUCAUGAGAGAAUUAUGGCACUCGAUCUUCCCCAUGGUGGGCAUCUUUCACAUGGAUAUCAGUGCUGUGCUUGGCUUGAAACCAUAGGUCUUAUUGCUGGGAUAGGGACUCAGGCGUAUGCAGGAUCACAAACAUUGCAGAGUAUAAUCCUACUCUCGACAGGCACGAAUAAAGGCGGAGGGUACUUUGCCCCGAAAUGGCUAUUCUUAUGUAUGUACAUUGGCCUCACUGUUAUUUGGGCAGCAUUGAACACAUUUGCGUUAGAAGUUAUCGCCUUCAUCGAUAUAAUUUCAAUAUGGUGGCAGGUUAUUGGUGGAGCAGUGAUAGUUAUAAUGUUACCUCUAGUGGCACUAACUACACAAUCAGGUUCAUAUGUAUUCACAAACUUUGAAUUAGCACCUAAUACAACAGGAAUAUCAAGCAAACCGUAUGCGGUGAUUCUAUCGUUUCUUGUGAGCCAAUAUUCCCUCUAUGGAUACGAUGCUGCAGCGCAUCUAACCGAAGAAACUAAAGGCGCAGACAAGAACGGACCUAUUGCAAUACUAGGUAGUCUUGCCAUCAUUUCAGUAUUUGGUUGGGCUUAUAUCUUGGCACUCACAUUCAGCAUUCAGGAUUUCGCUUAUCUUUAUGAUCCAAACAAUGAGACUGCUGGAGCAUUUGUGCCAGCACAGAUAUUGUAUGAUGCAUUCCAUGGAAGAUAUCACAAUUCUGCAGGAGCAAUAGUUCUACUAUUUAUAAUUUGGGGUUCUUUCUUCUUUGGUGGACUUUCAAUCACCACAAGCGCUGCCAGAGUCGUUUAUGCACUGUCAAGAGAUAAGGGAGUGCCGUUUUCGUUCCUAUGGCGAAAAUUGCAUCCAAAGCACAAGGUUCCUACAAAUGCUGUAUGGCUAUGUGCAGCAAUAUGCAUUCUUCUUGGUCUACCAAUAUUGAAGGUGAAUGUGGUAUUUACUGCAAUAACUUCAAUAUGCACAAUUGGUUGGGUUGGUGGUUAUGCAGUUCCAAUAUUUGCAAGAAUGGUAAUGCCUGAGAAGAAUUUCAAGGCUGGACCAUUUUAUUUGGGAAAGGCAAGAAGACCAAUUUAUUACAUUGCAAUCCACACAAUGUGUGUUCUUCGUAUUUAUGAUACAACAAAAUGCAGAGAUCUUUCAUAUGGGGAUACAAUGAAUGUGCCAAACAACUUCAUACAAUCCACUGGAAGAAGAUCACUUGUGCUAAGAAUCAGGGAGGAGAAGAAAGCUCUGAAGGAAGAAAAAUUGAAGCAAGAGGAGAAAUACACAUGGGCUAUUGUCGACGGUGUUAAAGAGAAGGACAAUGAAUUCUUACAUGAUGUCUUUGGUUUCACACCCAAGAAAAAGCUUAACAAUGGUGAGCACAGAAUGUCUGGUGGUGAAAAGAGGAUGUUCAAGUCACCAAAUUCUGUUUUGAACAAGGCUAGGACCCAAUUACUUAACAAGCAGCGGGUAUUAUCGGAGGGCAGGAACUUCGGGCAUUAUUCAGUCAGUAUGGGAGAUGAUGAGACAUGA